AUGGCGGAUCUGGAGAUCCUGGACCUGCCCCCCGCCGAGCUCGCGCAGAGGCGCCGUGUUCUCUCCCUGCUGAGCAUCCCCGAGAAGCACCGCAGCGUGGACUCCCUGAAAAGGCUCUACGCCUGCGUCGUCCGGGCGCGGCUCCACAGGACCUGCAACUUCGCCGUGGGGAACCUCGCGGCCCGCUGCGCCGCCCUUGGCCUCAUGCCCUACGCCCUCCGCAUGUUUGAGCAGAUGCCGGAGCCGAACUCCUUCGUCUGGAACACCCUGAUCAGAGGAUUCCAGCAGAACCGCCGCCCGGAGGUCUCGCUGCUCUUCUUCGGUGCGAUGCGCGCUCGCGGCGUCGUCGGCGAUCGCUUCACCUUCCUCAACGCCUUCAGGGCCUGCGCCGAUAUGCAGGACCUUCGCAGGGGGCGAUGGGUGCAGGGGCAGCUGGUGAAGGUCAGCUUGGGGCUCGACGCCCGCGUGGGCAGCUGCCUGAUCGAAUUCUACUCUGCUUGCGAGGACAUGGCCGCUGCCAGGCAGGUCUUCGACGAAAUGCCUCUGAGGGACGCCGUCUCCUGGACGGUGACUGUAUCCGGGUACGUCAACGUGAAGUGCGACAUGGAGGGCGCGAGGAAGCUGUUCGAGGAAAUGCCUGUGAAGGAUCUCGUGGUCUGGAGUGUUGUGAUCGCAGGCUACGUGAAGGCGGGGGACGUGGGCGCCGCUCGAGACCUCUUCGACAGGGCCCCUAGAAAGGACCUGCUGAUGUACAACACCAUGCUCGGCGGGUACGCCAGGUCUGGAGAAGCGGACGGUUUGCUCCGCCUGUUCGAAGAAAUGCCCGAGAGAGACGUGGUCUCCUGGAACACGGCCAUCUCUAGCCUCGUCCAGCGUGGGAGGAUCCGUGAGGCGUGUGCGCUCUUCCAGAAGAUGCAGCAGCUCGAGAACCAGAGGCCGAACGAGGUGACGCUGGCCAGCCUUCUCUCCGGCUGCGCGCAAGCGGGCGCCCUGGACAUGGGCCGAGCGAUCCACUCCUACAUAGACAGGGAGAGCUUCUUCUCUCUAGAUUCCACGGUGGGGACGGCCCUGGUCGACAUGUACUCCAAGUGCGGCGAGCUCGACAGCGCCUUGCGCGUCUUCUCCUCCAUCGGAAAGAGAGAUACGGCAGCAUGGAACGCCAUGAUCACGGGGCUCUGCACCAACGGCCGCAGCAGGCGAGCCCUGGACCUCUUCCGCCGGAUGCAGCGGGAGAACGUCCGGCCGAACGGGGUGACGAUGGUGGGCGUCCUGUCCGCCUGCGCCCACGCCGGCAUGGUCGACGAGGGGCGCCGGUGCUUCGAGGCCAUGCGCCGCGAGCUGGCCGUCGCGCCGGGGGUUGAGCACUACGGCUGCAUGGUGGACCUGCUGGGCCGCGCGGGACGGCUACGGGAGGCCUACGAGCUGGCGCGGAGCAUGCCCGUGCCGCCGCACGCCGGCGUGUGGGGCGCGCUGCUUGGCGCGUGCCGGAUCCACGCCGAGGUGGAGCUCGCCGAGCGGUCCCUCGAGCGCCUCCUGGAGCUGGACCUCGACGACAACGGCGGCGGGGGGUACAUGGCAAUCAUGUGCAAUAUCUACGCCGACGCCGGCAGGUGGGCCGACGCCGCCCGAGUGAGGGAGCUGAUGAGGAAGAAGGGGGUCGUCAAGGCCGCCGGACGCAGCUCUGUGGAGAUCAACGGCGAGGUCCACGAGUUCGCCGCCGGCGACGAGAAGCAUCCCCGGCGGCGGGAGAUCUACGAGAUGGUCGAUGAGAUAUCCGCGAGACUGCGACGGGAUUACGACGGGGUAGACGACGCCUUCAUUAAUGUACCAGCCAGCGAAGGAUAG